AUGGCUCCCCUUUCAAUCACACCACCACUUUUGAACUCCGCCAACCCGUGGUGCACUACGCUUGAACAACUCCAAAAACUGUAUGACAGCGAUCAUACUGGAGCUAUCACAACACGAACUUCCCUGCUCAACGGUUUCCCUCACGACCCAGUGGUCCACCAAUUCGCUUUUUACAACCCCACAAGUCAUGCUGCAUCGCCUCCGAAUGUUGAUCUAGCAGGCAGGUCCGAUGACAAUGGCAGUUUGAAUACACUAGGCUAUAGCCCAAUACCUCUGGAAGAGUAUCUCGGCUUCAUCAAAACUAUCAGUCAAAGUCUGCCUCCGAGUCCAAAAGGAGGAAGAAAGCAUUACAAACCGGUUAUCGUUUCAGUGACAGGCUCCGUUGAGGAGACAGUAUCUUGCUAUAAGCUCAUCACAUCUUCCCAAAAGGAUGUCCGGAUGGUGCUUGCUAUGGAAGUCAAUCUCUCUUGCCCAAACAUUCCAGGCAAACCGCCGCCAGCCUACGACUCGGCCUCUUUGUUGACCUAUCUAAGCGCACUAAAGACAGAGAUUAGCCGCCAGGUAUCUGAGGAUGGUACAUCGUCACAUCCACAUACAGGCCAUACACAUGUACCCAUCGGCAUCAAGACGCCUCCAUACACGUAUCAGGAUCAAUACAGUGGUCUUGUCAAGGCACUCAGAGAGUCUGCACACGCUGAACCGGAGCAUCUUCCAUGUCCCAUAUCGUUCAUCACGGCGACGAACACGCUUGGCUCUUCGCUUCUCUUGACACCCCAGUUCGAGAGUUCUUCAGAUGGAAAACACUCGCAUGAAGUGUUCCACCGCGCUCUAGAGUCCGCGGCAGGAACGGGUAUCGGCGGGCUUGCUGGCGCACCAUUACAUCCUCUCGCGUUGGGUAACGUGUACACCAUCAAAGGGCUACUAUUCCAGUACAAGGAACUGGAAGAGAUUCAGAUUAUUGGCGUGGGUGGCGUGGAGGACGCGGCGAGCUACAAGAGGAUGCGAGCGGUGGGUGCAGCGGCAGUCGGCGUGGGCACUGCGCUCGGGAGGAAGGGUGUGGAAGUCUUUGAGGAGAUUCGAAGAGGGCUGGCAGCGACUGAAUAG